AUGGCCACCGCAGCGCGCGCCGUCGCCGCCGCCGCCCGGCCGGCGCAGCCAGUGCUCCUGCUCAGGCGCGUCCCGUCCUCCUCCGCACGCCCGGCGCGGCCUCGCGGCGGCGGCCGCGGCGCCAUCCGCUGCAUGGCGCGGCGGCCCGACGCCUCCUACUCGCCGCUGCGGUCGGGGCAGGGCGGGGACCGCGCGCCCACGGAGAUGGCGCCGCUGUUCCCCGGCUGCGACUACGAGCACUGGCUCAUCGUCAUGGACAAGCCGGGCGGCGAGGGCGCCGCCAAGCAGCAGAUGAUCGACUGCUACAUCCAGACCCUCGCCAAGGUCGUCGGGAGCGAGGAGGAGGCGAAGAGGAGGAUCUACAACGUGUCCUGUGAGCGCUACUUUGGGUUCGGGUGCGAGAUUGACGAAGAAACAUCCAACAAGCUGGAAGGCCUUCCAGGCGUUCUUUUUGUGCUUCCGGAUUCCUAUGUUGAUGCUGAGAACAAGGACUAUGGUGCUGAGUUGUUUGUGAAUGGAGAGAUUGUCCAACGAUCACCGGAAAGGCAGAGGAGGGUGGAGCCGGUGCCCCAGAGAGCUCAAGACAGGCCACGGUACAGCGACCGGACCCGCUACGUGAAGCGGAGGGAGAACCAGGCUUACCAACGGUGACAUGUCCCCGCGGUUCUACUGCAAGGUGUCCCAUGGCUAUGGCUCUUGCCCUAGAUGUAGCAACAAGCUCCGACGCCAGAAAUGCCCCUCUUUGUGUUUGCUGCUCUGUAGCACUACCAUGUUUGGGCAUUUAUUUUCAGCAUGAACUGUAGGUUAAGAUUUUGUACGUGACUUGUUAUGUUAUUUUGGUCACGGAAUCUGGUUUGCGGACUUAGUUUGAAAGAAAACAGAAAAGAAGGAAGUUCACUCCUGUAAGAGGCUAUUUCAACUCGAUGAACUCUUCCUGCU